AUGUCCUAUUCAACAAUGUUUCAAUUUGCUUUCCUCCUCCUCUGUUCCAUCUCGUGGGCUUCUGCUUCUCAUCCUUCCCGCGGAGAUUUUGUUCAGUGCCUUUUGAAUUAUACCGAUAGCCCCUCAUAUUUUGCAAAAGCAAUAUACACCCAAAACAGCUCUUCUUUCACAUCAGUCUUGGACCAGUACAUCCACAAUUUACGCUUCCUUUUACCCGAAGUUCCAAAGCCCCUAGUCAUUAUCACUGCUUUGACUGAAAAUCAGAUUCAAACAGCAAUAUUUUGCUCUAAGAAGUACCGCUUACAAAUGAGAAUUCGAAGCGGUGGCCAUGACUUUGAGGGGAGCUCCUACACUUCUAACGUCCCAUUUUUCGUCCUUGACAUGUCCAACUUUCGUUCAAUCUCCAUAGAUGUUAAAGGUCAAACCGCAUGGGUUGGAGCUGGAGCAACCGUUGGGGAAGUAUACUACAGCAUUUAUGAGGCGAAUAGCACUCUGGGAUUUCCAGCUGCCUACUGCCCUACUGUUGGCAUUGGUGGGCACAUCAGUGGCGGAGGCUAUGGUCCAUUGGUAAGGCAAUUUGGCCUGGCCGCAGACAAUGUCAUCGAUGCUCGUGUCAUCGAUGCAAACGGAAGAGUUCUCGACAGAACGAGCAUGGGUGAGGAUCUCUUUUGGGCUAUUAGAGGUGGAGGCGGUGCUAGUUUUGCUGUCAUUCUUGGAUACAAGUUGAAAUUGGUUGAAAUUCCAGAGGAAAGUAAGAGAACCUGUAACAAGGAUACAUUUGUGUUCUGUUUUCCCGUGGCGAAGUGUGUAACUGUCUGUUUCAAUCAUGACCCAACAAUCUUCCUUGAGUUGGGGUUGAAGAAGCAGGAUCUGCCACCGAAAUGGCUAUGGAUCCAAUAUUUUGCUUAUGCCAGCGGUCUACCAACUAGUAACAUUACAGAGUCCCUGACCAGCAGAGUCUCUUCAGCUAAACUGUAUUACAAGGCUAAAUCCGAUUUUGUCAAAGAGCCUAUCCCUGAAAAUGGGAUUGAAGAGAUAUUGAGAAAGCUUAAUGAAUUACCUCCCUUUAUGGGAAUGCUGGAGUGGAAUCAUUUUGGAGGAGGGGUAAUGGAAACAAUUCCCGAAUCAGCAACUCCAUUCCCACAUAGAGGAAAUUUGUACCUCAUGUGUGAAGGGGUUUCGUGGGAUGAACAAGUGGUGUCCAAGCAGCGUAUUGAUUGGCUGAGAAAGCUUUACAAGGUCAUUGGAAAAUAUGUUCCUAACAAUCCAAGAGCUGGCUAUGCUAACAGUCGGGACCUCGAUUUGGGUGUGAAUAACAAAGGUAAAACAAGUGUUGAAAAAGCAAGGAUCUGGGGUGCUCCAUAUUUCAAGGAUAAUUUUGAUAGAUUGGUCCAAGUGAAAACCAAAGUUGAUCCUUAUAAUUUCUUCAAGAAUGAACAGAGUAUCCCAAUUUCUCAAUGA